UUUAAAUUGGCUAUAAACUACUACCCUAUAUUUAUUUGCUAUCCACACAAACAUGGCUUUUAAAGUUAUUAUCAUUGGGGGCGGCCCGGUUGGGCUUUUCCUUGCCAACGGCUUACAAGCCUCUGGGAUAGACUAUGUGCUUUUUGAGAAGCGAAGUACUAUACCUCCUUCCACUGCCUUUGGCAUCUUUCUUUGGCCACAGGUCACUAGAAUGAUGCAUCAGUUAGGCCUUCUCGAUAGUCUAAGAAAGGUCUCUCAUCCAAUGACUGGCAUGAUUCAUAGCAUGCCUACGGGAGAGCUUCUCAGCUCGGACACAAAUUUUUCUAAAAGCUAUAAGACUCAUGGCUAUCCUGUAGUUGUUACAGAUCGUGGCAGUCUUGCCCAAGUGCUUCUUAGUGGGAUUGACAAGCCUGAAGAGCGUAUACAUACGGGAAAGCAGCUCACCAACGUUAUAACACGCCCAGAUAGGGUAACUGUGGAGUUUGCUGAUGGCACAAGCUUUGAAGGAUCCAUUGUCAUUGGCGCAGACGGGAUUUGGAGUACAGUUCGUAACCAAAUCAGUCAAUACGCACCUGAUGGUUUAUUUCUUGAUAACCCAUAUCAGGCCUCGUACCAAGGUGUUUUUGGUAGAGCACCCUUACUUGAAGGCAUUACCUCAGGACAGGGUAUUGAAGUUCAUGGUGAUGGGUGGCUGAUUCAAGCAUUCCCAUCUCAAAAAGAAACGCACCUAUUCAUUUAUAAAAGCAUUAAAACAACUAAUGAAAGAGUCCCCUUCUCGCCGAAUGUGCCAGAAGAGUUAAUCGCAGAGUUUGCCAAUGUUCGAUUAACGGACAAUGUCACCUUCAAAGAUUUAUGGAAUCAGCGUUUUGCUCAAGGGACGGCUAACUUUGAAGAGGGUGUUGUAGAAAUGUGGCAUUGGGAUCGAAUUGCUCUUAUUGGGGACGCUGUACUUAAGAUCUCACCAAAACAAGGUGUUGCUGCCAAUGUUGGCAUGGAGUCAGCCGCCUGUCUCACCAACAAGCUUGCAGCUCUCCUGCAAAAUAACCCAAAGCCCACUACGCAGGAGGUCUCCAAAGUGUUCAGCGCAUAUCAAUGCGAGCUAGAAGGGAAAGUUAGCACAUGGCAGCGACUAUCUCGCUUCAACCUUGACUCGGCUGUGAGUAAGAACGGACCUCGACUCGAAGCCAUGGGUGCCGUAGCUGCCCGCGUACCUGCUAUUGUUUCCAGGUCAUUCAAAUUUGAAAGGGUCCCUUUCGCAGACCAGAAUGCGGCUGACAUGCCGUGGGUACACUAGAAAGGAUUGAUCAAUGGGGGUGUGCAGAAGCGUCACUUUGUUAUUGCAGGAGUUUUGAGCUCGAUAGAUCGCUAGACAAUCUUUUACAAUAAAAGCCAUAGUUUUUCCCUUCAACGUCUUAUUAAU